CAUGGCUUUCAGCCGGCCACAAAUCCCGGACGGGAAGGACAUAUCUUUUCAGGCGCUUUCUCGGGACUUCAGAGGUGAUGUCGGCGCUGAGUGGUAAGGUACAGACAGUGCUGGGCCUGGUGGACCCGGGCCAGCUGGGCCGCACCAUGACCCAUGAGCACCUGACCAUGACCUUCGAGUGUUGCUACUUCCCGCCCGUGCCGGGCGACGAGGGCGUGGCCGAGGCCCCCAUCGAGAUGAAGAACCUGUUCUGGCUGAAGCAGAACCCCUACAGCAGCCGCGAGAACCUGCUCCUGUACCAGGAGACCGAGGCGGUCAGGGAGGAGCUGCUGGCCUACCGCCGGGCAGGAGGGGGCACCAUCGUGGAGAACACCACCACCGGCAUCAGCCGCGAUGUCAGCACCCUCCAGCGCCUGGCCAGGGAGACAGGCGUCCACAUCGUGGCCGGCGCGGGGUACUACGUGGACGUCACGCACUCCGAUGAGAUGCGGAAGAUGACUGUGGAGAAGCUCACAGACAUCAUCGUCAGCGAGGUUCUCCACGGCGCCGACGGCACGGACAUCAAGUGCGGCGUCAUCGGGGAGAUCGGCACGUCCUGGCCAAUCACGGAAAGCGAGACCAAGGUCCUGCGGGCCACCGCCCACGCCCAGACCCAGCUGGGCUGCCCCGUCAUCAUCCACCCUGGCCGGAACCCGGCCGCGCCCGGUGCCGUGGUCCGGAUCUUACAGGAGGCCGGGGGAGACAUCAACAAAACCGUCAUGUCUCACCUGGACAGGACGAUAUUUGACCAUGGGGAGCUGCUGGAGUUUGCGAAGUUGGGCAGCUACCUGGAGUAUGACCUCUUCGGAACAGAGUUGCUGAACUACCCCUAUAACCCGGAAGUGGACAUGCCCAGCGACUACCAGAGAGUCAUGAACCUAGCCUUCCUUGUGGCAGAGGGCUACGAGGACAAGAUUGUCAUCGCCCACGACGUUCACACCAAGAACCGUCUGACCAAGUACGGCGGACACGGCUACUCUCACAUACUCAACAACAUCGUCCCCAAGAUGCUGACCAGAGGCAUCAGCCAGAACCAGGUGGACAAGAUCCUGAUCGAGAACCCCAAACGCUGGCUGACCUUCAAAUGAAGCGUCGCUCGCCGGGGCAAAGCGGGAACUGUCUCUACCAUUUCAUUUCACCUCUCUUUUCCUUCCCCCUCAGUGAAUCUCAUCUGUGCCAGGCUUUAAAAAGCCUUCUCUAAAUCACUGCGCUGAUGUUGAUGAAAAACCUUCUGUUGUUAAUUAACACAAAAAAAGUGAUUCAAAGCAUUAUUAUUGAUCAGUUACACAACAAUCAACACUGGCAUUGAGAUGGUUAAAACCAGCUACCUGUAACGUUCUCACAACAUUGCUGUAACAUUGUGGCAAUGUGUGAUGGCAAUGCUGAAACACCCCAGCAAUGGUGUAGGAAUGGUUAUGGUCACUAUGCAUUCCUUUUACUUGGCAGUAGGGAAAUCAAGCCAAAGUGAAUCAAAGCCUCAAUAGGUGCUGGAGUUAAUAUUUGCGAAUACUUUCUUCUCUCUUUGCAAUCAUUCAGUUUAAUGACCAGGUCACAUUAACAGACUGGAUAACAAGAUUUCUAUCUGUAUUACUUGAUUGUAUAAUACAACAGAACAGUGAAUCAGUGAGCACUGAACAUGAGUUUGAUGACUAGAUCAGAUUCAUCAAGCUGUAAGCAAUGUUUUUAUACCGCAGAUCUGUGAAGACAAACUGUGCUAUUAAACUCAUGGUGCUAAAAAAAAAAAAUAAAAAUAAAAAUGACACUUUGUAAAAUAAUUGUGUCAACCAGCUGCAAUAUGCCAAAUCCGCCAAUUAAUAUUCCAGAGCCAAAGGCUUGAUAUUCCGUCGACAGAAGUCUCGAUCUCGUUGGAGAUCUUGCAGCGUUGUUUGCGGGGGAAAAAAGCGCCGCGUAAC